CCUGCCUUGGGCAGAGAAGUUGAAUUGUAUGUACGUCCUGGAAACAGCAAAAGCAGGAAGGGCUGGAGACAGAGAGAGGGGUAAGAGGGAUGUGUUUGUGUGUGUAUGGGGAGGGGGGACCGUGUACAAAGGGGGGAGGAUAUUUGGGGGCAGUGGACGGGGUCCCCACUGUAUAAUUAUCCUGCCCCCCCCCAAUGUUUUUUGAAAGGCCUAAUGCUACAUUAAUGACUACUGGCUGUUAAAACCAAGGGGUGGUGGUAGUUAUUCCAGAAGUAUUAAUUCAGAGUAUUUUUUUUAAGAAGUGGCAUUAUGCUUCAUCAUUUAUGUAACGCAUAAAACACUGACGUUGUUAAUUCAUUCGUCUAUCUGUAAAUCCAGUUCCGGAUCGCCUUAUUGGUUUUAUGGUAUAUAUUCUGUUUGAUCAGCAUCCCUUUAGUUCAUCGGAUUUUGUAGGAUAAUUAUCGGAGUUCUGUGCCGCGGUCCGAAAUGCUUUACAGGGUGAUGUAAAUGGAUCUCGCGUACGAUCAGUUUCAAUUCUGCAUGGCUGUCACAUUUCUCGGCAAAAGGGAAGAGGGGAAAACCACACACGCACCAUCCUUACCUCGUGAGACUUGUUCCUGGUACGUUUUCGCGUCAUUUAUAGUUUCCACAGCAUUUAAAUGUAACUGUUUGUUAUUUACAUCAUCUUGACAGAUCGCCACUUUAUUCACCAACACGGCAUGCUCCUUCCAUAGACAAACGUACUUUACAGUCUUUUUAAAAAUCCCAAUAACCUGCUUCCCGGGUGAUUUUUGGUGCCUUCAGGCCGUCGUUCAUCCGCCGUGAUUUAUUUUGCCACCGUCUUUUAUUAAUAAUGACAGGUCGGGAUUCUUUUCAUUUUAAUAACCCACCGCUAAAAAAACAAAACAAAAACCCCACAACCAUCACCUGCCCAGUUCAAAGCAGCUGCAUUUUUAUUUUUAUUUUUAAAAAAACGCAUUUUAGAAGUGCCAACUCGACCGUCUGUGCGUGUUUACUUGGAAGCAAGCCACCCCCUCCGCCCCGCCCCGGCGCUCAGCGGGUACUGGGAGGGCAGCGCGGAAACUGCUGCAGCAUGCCUAUCAAUUACUGUAAAAAAAUAAAAAUAUUUAAUAUAUAUAUAUAUCAAUCCCUCCUUGCUGCAAGCCCGGUUUGCAACGCACGCUUAGUCGGAUGCAAAACCCCCGUGCGUGCAAUGGAGGCUUGCUUUGCUCCCAAGGAAGCGUGCAAACGGUUGGCAGAGCUCCGCCGUUUUAUAUAACCGGGUCUUGUGCAUCUACACGGCGCGCGGCAGCUGCAGCUGCGCGAGGGAGAAGCGAAUCUUGCAGCAAGAAUCCCGGGCUGCGGCUCCUCUCCAGCCCCGCCCACUCCUCCUCCUCGCCCCGCCCACCCGUGCUCUGCCUGCUCAGGCCGCCGAAUCGAGCUGCCGAGGGUAUCGAUGGCUCCCUCUCUCUCACACUCUCUUUUAAAGCGCACCCCUUCAUCCUCUUCUCGGCGCUCGGCAGCGCCAGCCCCGGCUCCGGCCAUUUCGCGCAGCGGCGGCGGCGCCUCCGGAGAGACCCGGGAGGAGGAGGAAGAGGAGGUAGGUGCUCCCCAAGGGGCUGGGCGGAGGUGCCUUCUCCAGAGGAAGCCCCGGGACCUAUUUGCACCCCGCGGGAAAGUGACCCGGGGUUCAGGGGCGCCUCCCACUUCUCCCCCCCCCCAGCCGCUUCUGCCCCGGGACUUAGUGGCAGCCGCGCCUUGAGAAGCCUCGCCUUUCCCUGCCCCGGGACCUAGUGGCAUCCCGGGAUGAGCCCCUGCCCCAGGUCUACUGGCACUGAUUCGGGGGUUUAGCCGCCUCCCGCCCAGCUGGCUCUGCCCCGGGACUUAGUGGGCAGCCCCUGCCCGCCCCUGCCCCGGGACUUAGUGGGCAGCCCCUGCCCGCCCCUGCCCCGGGACUUAGUGGGCAGCCCCUGCCCGCCCCUGCCCCGGGACUUAGUGGGAGCCCCUGCCUGCCCCGGGACUUAGUGGGAGCCCCUGCCUGCCCCGGGACUUAGUGGGCAGCCCCUGCCCGCCCCUGCCCCGGGACUUAGUGGGAGCCCCUGCCUGCCCCGGGACUUAGUGGGCAGCCCCUGCCCGCCCCUGCCCCGGGACUUAGUGGGAGCCCCUGCCUGCCCCGGGACUUAGUAGGCAGCCCCUGCCCGCCCCUGCCCCGGGGUUUAGUGGGCAGCCCCUGCCCCGGGACUUAGUGGGAGCCCCUCCCUGCCCCGGGACUUAGUGGGAGCCCCUGCCUGCCCCGGGACUUAGUGGGAGCCCCUGCCUGCCCGGGGACUUAGUGGGCAGCCCCUGCCUGCCCCGGGACUUAGUAGGCAGCCCCUGCCCCGGGGUUUAGUGGGCAGCCCCUGCCCCGGGACUUAGUGGGAGCCCCUGCCUGCCCCGGGACUUAGUGGGAGCCCCUGCCUGCCCCGCGACUUAGUGGGCAGCCCCUGCCCGCGACUUAGUGGGGAGCCCCUGCCCGGGACUUAGUGGAAGCCCUCCCUCUUCGGCCGCCUCUGCCCCGGGACUUAGUGGGCAGCCGCGCCUUCAAAAGCUUCGCCUUUCCCUGCCCCGGGACCUAGUGGCAUCCCGGGAUGAGCCCCUGCCCCAGGUCUACUGGCACUGAUUCGGGGGUUUAGCCGCCUCCCGCCCAGCUGGCUCUGCCCCGGGAGCUAGUGGUAUGAAGAAGCCCCCCACCCCCAUUCGCCUCUGCUCCGGGACUUAGUAGCCCCCGCGAGAAACAGCCGCGCCCUCUCCCGGCGUUGGGACUCGGUGGGCUCCCCGUGCGAAGAAGCCCCCGAAGCCAGCCGCUUCUGCCCCCGGACCUAGUGGCAUGCUGCUGCCGCCAGCGCCCUUUCACUUGGGUCUUUCCCCUCCCUGCUCUGCUUGUCCUUCUUUGCGGGGCUUCUCCACCCCCUCCCCUCGUCCGUCUUCGAAGGAAAUAAACGCGGGGGGGGGAGAGAAAAUGAAUGAAAAUGGGGGGGGGGACCACACACGCGCGCGCGAUGGUGACUCUUCCUUGUUUCAAAAUGGCAAAAAUGGAAACAUUCAAAAAGUUAGACAUCUUUUCCUUCUCUCCUCCUUCCUCCUCCCCCUCUCCACUGCAAAGUCUUUCCUGGUGGUUCAACUUUCCGGAGAGUCAUUCCGGCUCCCAUGUAGGGCGGCGGGGAUACUUUUUGAGUGUGUUUUUGGUGGGGUGUCUGCCUUCCUUUCCCACCACCCCUUGAAGGAAGUAAGGAAGGGGACCUUCCUGCCCCUUCCAUCCUGGAUGCGCCCCACUUCCUCCUCAUCCCUCCCGGACAUUGUUCCUCUCCUGCGUGGGGUCCCCCUUCCUGGAAAAUCUGCCUUCCAUUUCCCCCCUUGGGGGGCAGUAUUUUGCAAAUAUUCCUUUUGUGCUUCUGCCUACUCCAAUCUGUCGGAACCUUCAUGCUUGCUAUGUACAUCCAAUGAGAUUUUAUGUAGUCUCUUAGGUCCCUCGGGAAAGGAGAGAGACCCUCCUGAUACCCCAGGGAUAGGGGGUCUUUUUGAUCUUAAGGCAUGAGACUCUUAAUCUCAGGGCCAUGGGUUCGAGUGGCUGCGGAACCCAGCCAGAUGAGUGGGGUAUAAAUAAUAAAGUUGUUGUUGAUGAGCGGGGUAUAAAUAAUAAAGUUGUUGUUGAUGAGUGGGAUAUAAAUAAUAAAGUUGUUGUUGUUCUUCUUGUUGUUACUAUUAUUUGAGCCUCAGGUUAGGCAAAAGGUUCCUGCAUUGCAGGGGGUUGGACCGGAUGAUCCCGGGGUCCUUUCCAACUGUAUAAUUCCAUUGUGGGUGGAGUAACAGACAAAAAGUGGGUGGGGCCAGAGGCAAAAGGGGGCGGGGCUGCCUUAUACUCCACAAGCCCAUUUGGCUGAGUGUCCUCUGCACUGACUGGCAGCUGUUCCCCAGCGCAUCAGGCAGGGGUCUCUAUUAGCCCCUACCUGGAGAUGCCUGGGAUUGAGCCUGAGAUCUUGUACCUGCAAAACCACUGAGAGAUGAAUAUGAACAAAUAUUGGGGAUGAGGAGUUUAAACUUUAAAUCAAAUGAAAUUCUGUUUUCUAUAUAGUGGUACCUUGGUUCUCAAACGCCUUGGUACUCAGACAACUUGGAACCCAAACACUGCAAACCCGGAAGUAAGUGUUCCAGUUUGCGAACUUUUUCUGUGUUACGCGUCCGUCUUGAGUGCUAUGGUUCGAUUUGAGUGUUAUGCUGAGGUCUGUCUGUUUUAGCUCUUUAUUUUGCGUUUUUGCGGCUCUUUUUCGUUUUGUUUUGCUGACUGUGGAACCCAGUUCAACUACUGAUUGAUUGUGUGACUGCAGCACAUUGUUUAUUACUUCCAUUUUAUGGAUCAGUGGUCUCGUUAGAUAGUAAAAUUCGUGUUACGUUGUUGUUUUAGGGGUUGUUUUUAAAAGUCUGGAACAGAUUAAUCCAUUUUGCAUUACUUUCUAUGGGAAAGCGCACCUUGGUUUUGGAACGCUUUGGUUUUGGAACGGACUUCCGGAACAGUUUAAGUUUGAGAACCAAGGUACCACUGUAUUGGGCAAAUCUAGAUGCCGAGUAGUACUGAAGACCUUGUGAAAGUGCCAUUUCCCUGUUCUUGUGGCGAGUGGCCUGCCUGCCGCUUGCUGUAACCAGAGUAUGCAGGGUGGUAAAGGUUUUUGCGGAGUCCCUGUGGUUCAAAUUGGAGAGGUCCUGAGUGCUGGAUAUGCAGAAAUGGCCAUAUUGCCAGUGGGGGAAUUCCUGAGAGGUUAAAGCUUCCCACCACCCUGUCCGUAGAUGGCUUCUGUAAUGUUUAUUAACGUUCUGUAACGAUUAUUUCCUAUUUUUUAAAUGUGGCAAGCUCGGCUAGGAUAAAGUAUAAUCCGGCAAAGGCUUUGUUUGUUCUUUCUCCAAGCCUGGUGAAAAAUGUCUGUGUAGCUCUAAAGCUCACCUGUGGUAUUUUAAAAGUCUGGCUCGCGCAAGAAAAGACACUGUCUCAUUGCAUAGACAUCGUGUGAACCGGGUUUGGAUGUGUUUGUUGUGACAGCUCCAGUCCUUGCACCUUCCAAAGGCUGCUGGAUGUGGUUGUGGAACCUUUGAGAAUUGUAGAGUUGGAAGGGACCCUGACGGUCAUCUAUCCCAACCCCUUGCAAUGCAGGAACCUCAGCCAACGCAUUCUAGAGUUGCAGGGAUGGAGGGAACUUAUGACCCUUUUAGAUGCCCGUUGGACUCUAGCUCCCAUCAUCCCUGGUGACCAAGAUGAACUUUAGCCAAGUGGAGAGUGUCGUAUUAAGCUACCCUUGUUCUAUUGUUCCAGGCAUCAUAAAGGUGUUUUUCAGCACUACUAACAUUUUCUACCAAUUCUUACGGUGUCUUCUUGAGGUUUUGGACCACAACUCCCAUCAGCCCCAGCUGCCAUGCCCAAUAGUCAGCCGUAAUCACACAUGUUGAAAUGUUUUUGGAUGUGGAUUUUUAUAUGGAUGCAGAUGAAUGUGGAAUGGUCACGAAGAGAUCAGUUAUGAUGGGCAACUUCCCCUGAAAAAUGCUUUGCCCGCUGGUAUCUAUCUUCUCUUUCUUUGUACAGGGUGUAUUGGGGCCAUGUUGUCCAUGCCCAGAGCUCAAGCUGAGGCUCAGCAGGUCUGCUUAUAGUGCACAGGUGAGCUGGCUGCACACCUUGCAACAUGCGCCAGAAUUCUCUGCAACUUGCAGAGGUUCCAUCAAGAGUUUUAUCUGACAGGCAAGUCCAAAGCAGAAACGGUUUCUUGAAGGCUGAAAAACUGAAAAGCACUUGGCUGGUAUCUUCAAGUUUGGAAGUGAGAAACAUCGACUCUAAUCCCAGUUUAUCCCGUAUUGGCUUUGGGGAAGCGGCAGCCGCAAUGUGUUUCCGCCUAACCUACGUCACGUAAUCUGUUAUGAAUUUAUUAAAAGCUCUGCUGAGUAAGUUUUAUCAGUUUGAUGAAGAAAGAAAAUAGGAUGUUUUUCUCUGUUAGAUUAGCAUCUGAACCAAGUAAUAUGGAACUUGUGACUUUCAUUUAAUUUCAGCAGGCGCUGCAUCAUAAUAAUGAUGUGUUUCUCAAGUUCAAAGUACAAGAAAAGUCCCUCUUUGGUAUAUAUUGGCUCAUAAAUUACCUAACUAGAUAAAAAUGGACUUUAAUAGGAGAGAACAUGACAGCCAACAGCAGCCCUACAAUAAUAUUGUUUGAAGUCGUAAAUUUAAAAAUAGGUUUUGCUGGUGCCAUCAGAGUAAAUGCAUUUUUUUAAUAGAUAAGACAUUCGACAUUCAAGUGUUCAUGAUAAAAAAAAAAGACAAGUAACUUGAUAGCAGUUGUGUGUGUGUCGGUGAUACUUUUUGAAAAUUGUGUUUUAAUUGUGGUGGUGGUCUGAUUUACUAUAAAUUGCUGUGGAUUCUUUUCGAGUGUAAAGUGAUAUACAGCAUUAUUUUGUUGUUGUUUAGUCGUUUAGUCGUGUCCGACUCUUCGUGACCCCUGGAUCAGAGCAGGCCAAGCACUCCUGUCUUCCACUGCCUCCUGCAGUUUGGUCAAACUCAUACUGGGAGCUUCAAGAACACUGUCCAACCAUCUCGUCCUCUGUCGUCCACUUCUCCUUGUGCCCUCCAUCUUUCCCAACAUCAGGGUCUUUUCCAGGGAGUCUUCUCUUCUCAUGAGGUGGCCAAAGUAUUGGAGCCUCAGCUUCAUGAUCUGUCCUUCCAGUGAGCACUCAGGGCUGAUUUCCUUCAGAAUGGAUCGGUUUGAUCUUCUUGCAGUCCAUGGGACUCUCAAGAGUCUCCUCCAGCACCACAAUUCAAAAGCAUCAAUUCUUCAGCGAUCAGCCUUCUUUAUGGUCCAGCUCUCACUUCCAUACAUCACUACUGGGAAAACCAUAGUUUUAACUAUACGGACCUUUGUUGGCAAGGUGAUGUCUCUGCUUUUUAAGAUGCUGUCUAGGUCUAGGGACGCGGGUGACGCUGUGGGUAAAACCUCAGUGCCUAGGACUUGCUGAUCGCAAGGUCGGCGGUUCGAAUCCCCACGGCGGGGUGAGCUCCCGUCGUUCGGUCCCAGCUCCUGCCCACCUAGCAGUUCGAAAGCACCCCUAAGUGCAAGUAGAUAAAUAGGUACCGCUUUAUAGCGGGAAGGUAAACGGCGUUUUCGUGUGCGGUGCUAGUGCUGGCUCGCCAGAUGCCGCUUGGUCACGUUGGCCACGUGACCUGGAAGUGUCUCCGGACAGCGCUGGCUCCCGGCCUCUUGAGCGAGAUGAGCGCGCAACCCUAGAGUCGGACACGACUGGCCCGUACAGGCAGGGGUACCUUUACCUUUUACUAGGUUUGUCAUUGCUUUUCUCCCAAGAAGCAGGUGUCUUUUAAUUUCGUGACUGCUGUCACCAUCUGCAGUGAUCAUGGAGCCCAAGAAAGUAAAAUCUUUCACUGCCUCCAUUUCUUCCCCUUCUAUUUGCCAGGAGGUGAUGGGCCCAGUAGCCAUGAUUUUUGUUUUUUUGAUGUUGAGCUUCAAACCAUAUUUUGCGCUCCUAUUUCACCCUCAUUAAAAGGUUCUUUAAUUCCUCCUCACAGCAUUAUUAGGUAUGUAAAUAGCUCUAAAGUGAUUCCUGAACCUGAUUCAGUGAGUACACUGGCCUUGGAAUCAGGAAACCAUGGUUCAGAUCCCUCUUACUCACAUAGGCCAUGGUGGAGCUGUCUUUAGUUAAUUUCUGUCGCUUUUGAGGCAUGUUGCCAGGGGCUGUGCUUCUGGCCAAUGCUCUCAAUACGGCAAGCCCACAACUUAUGAACAUUUAACUUGUGUACAUUCAGCUUUACGCGCAUAGCAUUUUUUUUUAUAUAAAAAAAGGGUAUUGGAAAACUGGGCAGGGAUCCAGGAAAAUUGACUUUGGCAACCCCACCUGCCAUUGAACCCAAUGUGUUUUGAUAAUAAGCGAUUUUGGCUCAAGGUUUGAUCCCUGGAACACAGCCCCUGCGUGAGCUGCAGGCUUACUGUACAAUAAAUGCCUCUUCUUCUGGCGCCUGAUUACAUAGAAUAAUAGAAUUGUAGAGUUGGAAGAGACUCCAAGGGUCAUCUAGUUUAACCCCCUGCAAUGCAGGAAUCUCAACAAAAGCCUCCCUGACAGAUGGCCACCCAGCCUCUGCUUAAAAACCUCCAAGGAAGGAGAGACCACCACUUUCUGAGGGAGUCCGUUCCACUGUCAAACAGCUCUUACUGUCAGAAAGUUCUUCCUGAUGUUUAUUAGGAAUCUCCUUUCUUGUAACUUUAAGCCAAGCAUGGGCAAACUCGGCCCUCCAGAUGUUUUGGGACUACAACUCCCAUCCCUAGUUAACAGGACCAGUGGUCAGGGAUGAUGGGGGUUGUAGUCCCAAAACAUCUGGAGGGCCGAGUUUGCCCAUGCAUUUUCCUGCUUUAAGCCAUUCCAAAAAUAAAAAUAAAAUAAAAUAAAUGUCAAUGGGAUUUGGGGUUGAGGAGAGAGAAGGUUCUUCUGAUUCAAAAAGUCCUUGACUUUAUUUCCUGAGGAAGGGGAAUCUGACACCAGGGUACAUUCAUGGCAGCCGCUUGGCACCUCCCCCCAAAAAAGGGAUGCGAGAGCACAUAAUCACGUAAUAUUUGAAUGUGCCAAUUUAUAUGUACAGGUUUGGAUUUAGGCAUCAUUUAAAUGCCAUGCAAUACAUCUUGCCAUAGUGUGGAAGGCUGUGUCUGCUGUUUAGAUGUCCACAGUUGGUGGGCUGUGCCCCAUUUCUCACUCCUUAGUGGACAUCCUAGGCUGAACAGCCCUCCAAGCAGUGCGUACCUAUUCUUCUUCUUCUUCUUCUUCUUCUUCUUCUUCUUCUUCUUCUUCUUCUUAAUUUAGUUAGUUGCUGUAUCUUACCCAGGUCAAUUAAAAGCGACUUGCAACCAAACUGAUGCCAUUUGACUGAUGCCAUGAAUACCAGCAGGAUUGAGGGGGGGGGGGAGAGAGAGGGUUGCUGCUCUCUCCUUCCCUUGGCACUUGUUGGCCCAGUAAUUUUUGGACACUAAAUGUACUUAUGGAAUUUUAAAGGUAAAGGGACCCCUGACAGUCCAGUCGCGAACGACUCUGGGGUUGCGGCGCUCAUCUCGCUUUACAGGCCAAGGGAGCCGACAUUUGUCUGCUCCGCAGUUUUUCCGGUUCAUGUGGCAGGCAUGACUAAGCCGCUUCUUGCGCAACAGAACACUGACACCAGAGCAUUGCAUGGAAAUGCUGUUUACCUUCCCGCUGGAGCGGUACCUAUUAAUUUAUUUGCAUUUUUGGUGUGCUUUCGAACUGCUAGAUUGGCAGGAGCAGGGACCAAACAACGGGAGCUCACCCCGUCGCGGGGAUUCGAACCGCUGACCUUCUGAUCGGCAAGCCCAGGAGGCUCAGCAGUUUAGACCACAGCACCACCCGUGUCCUUUAUGGAAUUUUAGGGAUGGUGAUUUAACUUCUUCUGAAUAGAUCUGGAAAAAUACUUGAAGGUGGUCAGUUAUAUACUUGGAAUCUUAAAGUAAUUCCUGGUAGCCCUUCUUUUUGGAUGUGUUUGAAGCACAACUCUCGCAUUGUCUGAUCUGCUGUGGCAUUGUUGCCCCACCAUGCUCAUUGGCGUAGUGAGAUGACCAAAACUUUAGUAUUUGUGUCACUUGGCUGUUGCCUUUGGAGGUCAUCUGAAUGAAUGGCGGCAAUUUGGCCAAAGCUAUAAAGUGCCACCUGCCAGUUACUUUGAUCUCCACUACUGAGACGGUUGAAUUUUCAGUUGUACAUGCCAUUUUCAAUGAGAUUGAGUGUGGCAGGAUGGCAAACACUCUUUUGAACGCUGCUGGUCAUACAGUGGUACCUCGGGCUACGUACUUAAUUUGUUCUGGAGGUCCAUUCUUAACCUGAAACUGUUCUUAACCUGAAGCACCACUUUAGCUAAUGGGACCUCCCGCUACUGCCACGCCGCCAGAGCACGAUUUCUGUUCUCAUCCUGAGGCAAAGUUCUUAACCCAAGGUACUAUUUCUGGGUUAGAGGAGUCUGUAACCUGAAGUGUAUGUAACCUGAGGUACCACUGUAUGUACAGAAUGUGCCAUGUAUGUGCAUGCUCUGAAUAUUCUAAUUUUGCAUUGUGAAUCUCAUGCUUUACUGGCUGAGCUAAAGGAAUGGUAGUCGAGUUUAGUGAGCCCUUUGGUCUGGAAUUCUGUUCCGUAUUUAUUUACUCUAAUUACGUGAGAAAUAGCUUAGCCGUAUAUAGUAAAAAGAACAGCAAAGAGCCUCGUGGCUCCCUGAAGACUAACAAAUAUGGGACAGCUGCAUAUUCCUGCAUUGCCGGGGGUUGGACUAGAGGAUCCUCAGGGUCCCUUCAAACUCUGUCAUUCUAUGAUUCUAUUAAAUGCAACCCAAUCUUUCUUGGAUUGUGGGAGGAGCAGGUUGUCCCAUGUGGUGGAGACCACCAAUCGCCUUCUGCUGAGCCAUGUCUGCGGUUUGGCAGGACUGUGGGAGCAGCAGAGUCAGGCCUUUGCAGCUGCAUUGGUGUGAGUGCCAGACACGUUUUCAUGGUGUGCUGGCGCAACCCGGACCUUGCUGCCGCUUCGACCCUUCUGGCAGGUGAAGGAGGCCAUUGCUGUGGCUUCACCCCACUAGGUGAACCACUCUUACGUUCAGAUACAUGAGACUGGGAGCAGCAUGGUGUGUAUGUGGGUAUCAGAAAUAACUGAAAUGCAAAAAGUCCAGUCAGAGACCAGCUUAGCUGUACAUUACGGCUGGACGAUAUGUUGAUAAAUCGUCCAAAACUGGUUUCAAGUCCAUAUUGUAAUAUCAGUUUCAUAAUUUUUGACCUGGCAAUAUAUCGUGAAUCAUGGUGUGUGUGUUUGUGUGCUUUGCAAAAAUCACGAUGCAGGAAUAACCGUGAAGCUGGCCAAUGCCUUAUUUCAGACUUGGUGAUAUAUCAGUAUAUCACAAUGUUUAGCUGGUGAUAUAUUGUGAUGUUGAAAACCAGAUAUUGCCCAUCCCUACUGUACAACCCUAAAAGCAAAAUAAUUGCAAUGGCCAAUUAAACAAGGUGACGAAAGAAACAUCCCAGCAUUGGUGGUGUAAGGAGUGCAAUCAAAAAUCCACAAUCUCGAUUCAAGACCCAGCUGACAUAAUUCAUAACUGCCUGAUGAAUUGCAGUUCAGCCCCCUGGUGUUUCCUUUUGAAGUUAUUUUGUUCUAGGGUGGUUAAAUGCAAGGUUGGUUGGAGAGUGUCUUGGUAUACCGAGAUGCCCUCCUGGUUUCUGGAAUAUUGCCAUUUCCGACGUUGGAUUUGGAAAACGAAGCCAUGCAAAGCUUUGCUUAUUUGAUGGCAGCGUCCUUUCCUUGUGGUUUCUGUGUCUUUGGACUUGCGAAUAAAGGCAACGAGAAGAGUUACCUGUAGCCAAAGGGCCUCCAGUGUUCCAUUGAAUAAAGCUGAUAUUUCUGCUUCAUCUUCAACAGGCCUGCAGAAGAUGACGGAAUACAAGCUGGUUGUUGUUGGAGCUGGUGGCGUGGGCAAGAGUGCGCUGACGAUACAGCUGAUUCAGAACCAUUUCGUAGAUGAAUACGACCCUACAAUAGAGGUAAAUGAUUUCCUAAUAAGUGAAUAAGAGACCGCAAGGCAAUGCAGGAAUCUUGUUUUCUCCUUUUCCAUCUUGACUGGGCUCUCCUAGGAUGCAUUUAGCUCUUGGGUUUUGCAUAUGUUCAUAACGAUAACAGAGAUAAAGGAUUAACCCCUUUUUUAACCUUUAAUCGUCUAUUAAUUCUUCACGACUCUCUGUCAAAGGUGGAUUGUCGAUGUUCCUCUAGGCACGGAGCUGUGCUGUGUUCAUGCUAUUCACAGACUUGGGCCCAUUCAUUUCAAUGACUCUGCUCUUGGUAUAACUUAGUUCCCUAACCACCCAUGGACUGUGGGAGUCAUCUGGCAAAAGCCACUGGAGGAGGUGGAUUUUCUCACUGGCUGACUUGCAGGGGACAAAAAUGGUUUAACCCAGCAGCCUUCUUCCUUGAGUUGUGGAAUUUCCCAAAACAGCUUCCGUGAGCAAUGGGAGUGCUCCCAGCAAAUAUAGGGUGGAAGAUUAAGGGACGGGUCCCCAAAUGCAUGUUAAAAGCGUGUUCCUGGAUCUGGAAUGCAUGCCUGAUGUAGAGCACUGGUCUUCAGCAGGUGGGUGGGGACCCAGUACUGGGGCAUGUGGGGUCUAAGGUAAAGGUAAAGGGAUUCCUGACCAUUAGGUCUAGUCGUGGCCGACUCUGGGGUUGCGGCGCUCAUCUCACUUUAUUGGCCGAGGGAGCCAGCGUACAGCUUCCUGCAUGACUAAGCCACUUCUGGCGAACCAGAGCAGCACACGGAAACGCUGUUUACCUUUCCGCCGGAGCUGUACCUAUUUAUCUACUCACACUUUGACGUGCUUUCGAACUGCUAGGUGGGCAGGAGAUGUGGGGUUCUAGUGUGGUGCAAUGGGUCAGCGCGUCUGGUUGUUAACCAGAAGGUUGGCAGUUUGAGCCCCACCCCCAGAGACGGCUGUGUGCAGUAUUCCUGCAUUGAGAGGGGUUGGACCAGAUUUCAUUUGGGGUCCCUUCCAACUCUAUAAUUCUAUGAGUAUUGCUUGUUGGUUGGUUUGUAAGUUGCGUUGGGCUGCCCCGGGCGACAAAGAACGACUCACAAAUUUAAUAAACAAAUAACAAACUGUAUAUACUCGAGUAUAAGCCGAUGUUUUCAGCACAUUUUUUAUGCUGAAAAAAGCCCCCCUCGGCUUAUACUCGAGUGAGGCAGCGGGAUGAGCGGCCCGAAAGGAGCCCUUUCUUGCCGGUGGUCCUGCUGCUGGCCGCCUCUUGCAAGGGCAGGCACAGGAGCUGCGGCUGGGAGAGGCACUGCGCUGUUCCUCUCCCACGGGCACUGCGCUGCGCUGUUCCUCUCCCAUGGGCACUGCGCUGCGCUGUUCCUCUCCCAACCGUGGCUCCUAUGCUUGCUCUUGCGAGUGGCAGAGGUAGCGGUGGAGGGACAAGCGGCCCGAAAGGAGCCCUUUCGGGCUGCUCCUUCCUCCGCCGCUGCCGCCACCACCUGGUUUGUGGUGUGGUGAACCGGCUUAUACUCGAGUCAAUAAGUUUCCCCAGUUCAUUGUGCUAAAAUUAGGUGCCUCGGCUUAUAUUUGGAUCGGCUUAUACUUGAGUAUAUACUGUAAUUGAAGUGGCCUGGCCUGUGGUGGGUUGCAACAGCAGCACUACUGCCAUAGGCAAAUAUGGUUAAAAAACGUUAAGAAAGGCAUCUCCAAAUGCAGGAUUGAGUUAGAGGUGGGUCCCAGGUUUGAAACGGUUGAAGACUAUGGAUUUAGAAAAUAUAGCACUAUUGUGGCUAGGUGCUGCCGUGCCAUGAAAUGUGGCCUGUUUACGUAAUUGCUACACCAGGGGAACACCCGGCCAUUGAUCCGUGUCGCAGAUUUGCGCCUGCUAAUUUAUAUGCAUAGAUGCCCUUCGGCAAAGUAAGAGGGUGGUUGGCUGAGGUCUCGCACCCUGCUUGUGACCUUCUUGGAAGCUCCUGGCCGGCCAAGGUCGAUGACAGCUUGCUGGACUAGGAAGACCUUAGUUCUGAUCCAGCAAGGGGUGAUCUUGACCUCCAAUUCUUAAGGCCCCAUUAACAGGGUUGAAAAUGUGUUAUCAACACCUGCUGAAACCCCAGAAAAAGGGGCGCAUGUGGGAAUCGGCAGAAAUCCCGUAAGUCAGGGGAUGGGGCGUUGGGCAAGGGACAUUCUCAUCGCCACCUGGAGAUGCGUAGAACUGAAACUGGGACCUCCUUCUGCAUGCAAAGCAGAUGUUCUGCUGUUGCAUCUCUGGCCUUGCCCAAAGUUUUCUUAAUGCAGGGCUGUCAUACGUCUGGGCUUCCUCCUUCCUCUGGGCAUCGGGCUUCAAAAUGGCGUCCGGGCGUUGUUGUUGUUUUUUCCCCUGAAUUGGCAAAAGGUCGGGGAAAACCCAAACAUACGGCAAGUAGGGUGAUUUUUUUUAAAAAAUAAAUGCUUAAAAAAUCCCCCCAAAGCCUAAAAACCUAAAUUAAACUUUAAAAACCCACAACCUAGUUAAUGGGAGUUGCUAGCAAGGUCAGUAGUUCAAUCUUUGAGCAGGGAAUGGAGGCAUCUUGCCUGUAUUGCCCUGGAGUAUUAAGGCACUGUAGGGUGAGAACCUCAUAUAAUCAGAGAAUUGUAGAGUUGGAAGGGACCCCAGGGGCCAAUGCUAACAAUGCCCUGUCAUUUUGCCUCUUGCAGCCACGCUACUGGCAGACUUGUCCUCCUUUGUUUAAUUCCCAUCCAGCCUCCUUUCAGAAUAAGAUUAUUUCCAAGGCAUCCUACAACGCAGGCAAUAAAAACAAAUUCAAAAGACUUGGCAUGAAAGAAUUUCAAAACAGCAGCUGGCAGAGAGGCAAAUAAGACUUAAUUGUUUCUUUAAAAAAAGUCUGGCAGAACAAAAAAAAACGGUUUUAAUAGCAUGUCUGAAGACGGCAUGAGAGGUAUCUUUUGAAUUGUGAAAAUACAUUGUCAGGCGAUUAUGUAUUUUAACAUGUUAUUAACUGAAAGAACAGGCAUUGUCUGCGCUUUUAAAUUAGCAGAGGGCAGACGGUGGAAGAAUAAGUGAAUAUGGCAAGAACCUUCAAGUAAAGAUGUAAAAGAGGUGAUCCUUGUUUAUGAGCGCUGGGGUUUUGCAAGGUCAUCUGUCCUUAUCUGUGAAGUGCUGCUGCUUUCUGGUCCUCCCGUAGCCUUCAAACUGUCCAGGGAAGUCGACUAAGUUUUCGGGUUCCAAAGUCCUUCCAGAUCUUUUGGGCUACAAUUCCCAUCAGCUCCUGCCAGCACUGCCCAAAAGAUAAGCAGGGCACCCAUCUGGGAAAGGCUAUGGCAUUGUAAUGUGGUAACCAAGGGAUCGAGCGAUGAACCAGGAAGUCCCGAGUUCAAGUUCUGCUGCUGAUCAAAACUUUCUUGACGGCCCUUGACAGGACAGUCUCUUCUAGGCUUGUCCUAGAAAUGCAGGAGGAUGAAAUGAUGAAAUGGUACAAAUAACUAGUAGAAAUAAUGGUAGUUAUUUCUUGUUGUGGACCAUUUUGCAAUGAGUGUUUGUAGAGCUGGCAGAUGAGCUGUAGAGCUUACCUUCUUGGCAGGUGAAGACUGAGCAGGCAAGCCAUUUUGCUCCUUGUAUAGAAAUCCAACAUUGCUUUAUAAGCAGCCAUCUAGAUAGAGAAUGCAGAUAAUUAUUAUUAUUUAUUUAUUUAUUUAUUUAUUUAUACCCCGCCCAUCUGGCUGGGUUUCCCCAGCCACUCUGGGCAGCUUCCAACAAAGUAUUAAAAUACAGUAGUCUGUUAAACAUUAAAAGCUUCCCUCAAGAGGGCUGCCUUCAGAUGUCUUCUAAAAGUCUGGUAAUAGUUUUUCUCUUUGACAUCUGGUAGGAGGGCGUUCCACAGGGCGGGUGCCACUACCAAGAAGGCCCUCUGCCUGGUUCCCUGUAACUUGGCUUCUUGCAGCGAGGGAACCACCAGAAGGCCCUCGGCGCUGGACCUCAGUGUCCAGGCAGAACGAUGGAGGUGGAGAUGCUCCUUCAGGUAUACUGGACCUGUGUUGCUAGGCCAGACAAGCCACCUGCUAUCCCACAGUAGCCAAAUGGACGAACGCAGAAAGUUGCCUUAUACCGAUUCGGACCAUUGGGCUACAUAGCCCAGCAAUAUAAUAAUAAUAAUUUUAUUAUUUGUACCCCACCCACCUGACUGGGUUGCCCCAGCCACUCUGGGUGGCUUCCAACAAAUAUAAAAGCAUAAUAGGAUAUCAAACAUUAGAGAGUUCCCUAUAUAGGGCUGCCUAGAGAUGUCUCCUACAAGUCAUGUUUAUCUGUUGGACAUCUGAUGGAAGGGCGUUCGUUCCACAGAGAGGGUGCCACUAACGAGAAGGCCCUCUGCCCAACUGGCCUCUGCCCUGUAGCUUCACAUCUUGCUGUGAGGGAACCCCCAGAAGGCCCCCGGAGCUGGACCUCAGUGUCCGGGCUGAACAGCAGGGGUGGAGACGCUCCUUCAGGUCAUUUAGGGCUUUAAAGGUCAGCACCCACGCUAUGAUUUCUUUAAGCCACGUCCACUACUUGCCUUCACAGUGUAGCCCCCACUGAGGCCCUGAUCCUGUGCUGUUACAAGGCCUCCUAAUCAAAUGCAAGCAAGUUUGCGUCGAGAUAAACAAAGGACAAAGAUGGGAACAAACGCCAUCGGAUAACUGGAGGUUUUUAUCACCUUCCAAGCAGCCUUGAGCUGGAGGACUCCACACAAUGGGCUCUUGAUAGUUGAAUGAGUCGAUGACUUUUAAGUCAUCCUCCUACCUCAUUCAUCUUUGUCCCUUCAAGACUCUCUUAGGGGAGGGCUGGUCUGCGUUCCUUCAGCAAAGUAAGCGGAUUAAGGACCUGAGGUUUGAAUUCAGAUUGACACCUGACUUUCUCACAAAGGCGAUGAUGCCAAUUAUCCUCCCGUUUCUUACAUUAUAAUCCCGCCUGAGAAGCUCAAGGUGACUUGUGUAGAAUUGGUCCCAUUUCAUCGCCAUGACAACCGUGAGAGGCAGACUCUUUCUGGCCCCCGAGUCACCCACUUAACCCUGGGCCCCGUCUAACGCUUUGUUGCACUCCCUCUUGAAGAUCAGUUCCUGAGUGAUCUUAUAUGCAUGCUUAAAUAGAUAACCACAAGCGGUUAAAAAAACAUAUCCCUGGAAUGGUGUUUCCUCUUCCGGAAAGGGCAUCUAGAGGAAAAAUUAAAGGAGUUACAAGUCAAUCUGAGGCCCAAUACAGUGGUACCUCGAGUUACAUACGCUUCAGGUUACAUACGCUUCAGGUUACAGACUCCGCUAACCCAGAAAUAGUACCUCGGGUUAAGAACUUUGCUUCAGGACAGAAAUUGUGCUCCGGCAGCGCAGCAGCAGCAGGAGGCCCCAUUAGCUAAAGUGGUGCUUCAGGUUAAGAACAGUUUCAGGUUAAGAACGGACCUCCGGAACGAAUUAAGAACUUAACCCGAGGUACCACUGUAACAGGAUUAUUACUGGUGAUACACUGAUAGGGAUAAUGAGUCAGAGAGUUGCUUUCUUACAGAAGAUUGGGUUCAAGCCCCAUGUGGGGCAAAAGAUUCGCGCAUUGCAGAGGGUUGGACUAGAUGAUAUUAAUAAGAAUAAGAAUAAUAAAUUUAUUAUUUAUACCCCGCCCAUCUGUCUGGGUCUCCCCAGCCACCCUGGGCGGCUUCCAACAAAGUACCGUAUUAAAAUACUUUGACCCUAGGGAUCCCUUCCAACUAUAUGACAAAAGCCUCCUGACCUGCGUGAGAUGUUCUGCUGUGAUUUUUCACAUGCAGUCAACUCCCUUUUAGUGUAGAUUCAUAACAGGGUGAGAGAGGAUAGAAGAAGCGAAUGCCGAAUUCUUUCUUCAGUGAGCUGACGGGCGUAAAAAAAGAAAGAAAAAAAGUGAAAGCUCUUGGAGACGGACGUCUCUUUAUGUACCACUGACCCUGUCACAUAAGAUGUGAGUGCGGCAGGGGCCUAGUAAUUUUUACAAAUACAUAUAUUUAUAACGACAGCUAUACAGAAACAAUAGCAGCAAGCACCAAAACUGGCAGGACGUGAAAUCUGCAUCCUAGCAGGACAGCAUCCCUUAGCUGAAAUGAAAACCAGCAGCCAAAGUUCACAGAGUGCCCUCUGCUGGUCAAAUGGCUAUCUUGCUUGACCCAAAGAGAAGUCUGUGGUUUUUCUCAAGCCUCUGGAUGUGACUCACCCCCUCAGCUGGUGAACCCAACAGAAGUUUUUUUUCUUGGUUAUCUGCAGGUUCCGCCUUUCUUAUUAAACAGACCAACCCCAACGAGGGCACAGAGUAGUAGGAAUUUAUGUUAUGCAAGUAUCGUGGAACUGAGCGAUAACGGCUCACGCAAGAGUGUGACCGAAAGUGCUGUGUGGGGGUGCCACUUCCUUUGUUUGUGUGACCAGUGUGUGUUUGUGUGUGUGUGUUGCCUCCCCACGCCCAGCUUUUGGGAGCCUCCCCAGUGUUGCUGAUGCUAGGCCCCUUACCUGGCGUCUCACCUGGGUGGCCUGGGGGAGGUGUUGGGUUUCCCACCAUCCUGGCUGGAAUUGAGGUGGACUUGCGGGGCUAAAGGAAGCGAAGGAGUGAAGGAGUGGGGGAGACGUUGGGAAGGGCUGAGGUGGACCCAUUUAUCUUUGUGCUUUUUUUGAACUUGCAUUACAGUGGUACCUCAGGUUACAGACGCUUCAGGUUACAGACUUUGCUAACCCAGUGCUUCAGGUUAAGAACUUUGCAUCAGGAUAAGAACAGAAAUCGGGCUCCGGUGGCGCGGCAGCAGCAGGAGGCCCCAUUAGCUAAAGUGGUGCUUCAGGUUAAGAACAGUUUCAGGUUAAGUACGGAGGACCUCCAGAACGAAUUAAGUACUUAACCUGAGGUACCACUGUACUUUUUUAAAUAAAUCAAACGCCUUGAGAUGUAAAAGCCAUCAUAUAUAUAUAUAUAUAUAUACUUUUUAUUAAAUUUUCUGCUUUACAAUUUAAAAUACUCAUUUUACAUCCUUAAGGUAUCAGUGACUUCCCUUCUUCUCUUUCCAUGGUUCAUUUUUCAUAUCCUAAAUCCAUACAAAAACUAUACCAUUCAGUAUUCCAUUAUUGCAUCCAUCAAAACUUGUUUACACUGUUGAAUUUAUCUUAAUGCUGCCAGCGUUUUCAGCUGUAUGCAAUUAUUUCCCAUAUAUUCAACAAACGUUUUCCAAUCUUGUUCAAACGUAGGGUCUUGUUCUCUUAUUCUAUAUGUUAAGUCUGCGAGUUGUGCAUAUUCUGUCAGCUAGUGAAGCCAUUCUUCUUUGGUUGGGACCUUUCUCAUUUUCCAUUUUUGGGCUAAGCGGCUUAGUCAUGCUGGCCACAUGACCCGGAAGCCGUACACCGGCUCCCUCGGCCAGUAAAGCGAGAUGAGCGCCGCAACCCCAGAGUCGGCUACAACUGGACCUAAUGGUCAGGGCUCCCUUUACCUUUAAUAGCUAAAGCCGUAGCUGUAAAAUGUAAAACCAGCAUCUGUCGGAGGCAGACUUGAGACAUCUCGCUCGGGGUGGGCAACUUGGGGCCAAAUGUGAUCUUCAGGCAAUGCCCCUCCCUGACCCCCACGUCUCUCUGGCCUGGCAUAGCCCCACAUUGAGUUCUUAUGUGGGGCUAUGCCAGGCUGGAGAGACGUGGGGGUUGGGGAGGGGCAUGUGUCCUUGAACUGGGAUCAUUCUUACUGAUCUCAGGUUUUUAGGAUCAGCUGAGGGGGCUUCUUGGUAGUUCUCCCACUCCCAGAAGUGUGGGGAACCAUAGUGCAGCAGAGGGUUUUCUCAGUGGCAGCCCCUGAACUGUGCAACUCCCUCCCUAAAGAGAUACAUCUAGGGUGGCUCAGUUGGUUAGAGCAUGGUGCUGAGAAAUGCCAAGGUUGCAGGUUCAAUCCUCAUAUGGGACGGCUGCGUAGUCCUGCAUUGCAGGGGGUUGGACUAGAUGCCCCUCAUGGUCCCAGCUCCGUGAUUCUAUGAUUUUCGCUGUAUGGCAUUUGCCAUAUGCUGGAAAAAUGUACCGCUUUACCAUGGUGUUCCACAGCGAAAGUAUUUUGUUUCGUAGGGCCUGCCUCUGGCUGACUGGCUUUACCUGUUUUUAUCGUUGCAGCCGUUCUGUCUGUGUUGUUUGCACGUUGUUUCUUGUAUUGUGCAAUCGGCCCUGGGACCUUUAUGGUAAGAAAUCUCAUAAAUAAGGCCUUUGGUUUUCCUGGACGGAGAGAGGUGUAUGUAGAAAUCCGUGAGGUUGUAGUGCGUGCUAGUCCUACUCCGACCCGCUGAUGUCAAUGGGCGCUACUUACUCAGGGCCAUUAAUUUCAGUGGGUCUACUCUGAGUACUGAACACAGUGCCAUUCCGCCUGGGGCUGAUAGGAGUCGUAAUCUAAAAUACCUGGAAGGCAACAUAUUGCCAUGCUAUGGUUAUCUCCCGCUUGGACUACUGCAAUGGCGCUCUAUGAAGGUGACUUGGAAACUAAUCCAGAAUGUGGCAGCUAGAUUGGUGACUGGGAGCAGUCACCAGGACCAUAUAAUACCCGUCCGAAAGGAUCUAGAUUGGCUCCAAGUACAAUUCAAAGUGUUGGUGCCGACUUUUAAAGCCCUAAAGGGAAGCUUUUAAUGUUUAAUAGACUAUUGUAUUUUAAUAUUUUGUUGGAAGCGGCCCAGAGUGGCUGGGGAAGCCCAGCCGGAUGGGCGGGGUAUAAAUAAUAAAUUAUUAUAAAUUAUUAUUAUACCUGGAGGAGAGUCUCCACGCCUCCCCCAUCAUUCAGCCUGGACACAUAGGUCCAGUUCCGAGGGACUUCUGGUGGUCCCCUCUCUGCGAUAAGUGAAGCUAUGGGGAACCAGGCAGAGGGACUUCUCUGUGGAAUGCCCUCCUGUCAGAUGUCGAGAAGUAGCUAUACAACCUUUGGAAGAUAUCCAAAGGCAGCCCAAGUUUUUAAUGUUUGAUGUUUUGUUAUGUUUUUGUAUAUGCUGGAAUCCGCCCAGAGUGGUUGAGGCAACCCAGUCAGAUGGGUGGGGUACAAAUAAUAAGAUUAUUAUUAUUAUUACCUGUUAACGGAGAAAUCUGAGGGCUCCCUUGGACAAAAAAGACAAGGACACCAGCCAGGAAUACCAGAGCAAAACAGCAGCCAGUAGGCUUGGUCUUUAUUGAGACCAACAGGACUCCCACCUGCCACAAGGUGGAACAAGAUGGAAGCCCCGAACAAAAGGGCCCCAAAACUUUUAUUAGCUGCUAAUCCCCAUGUUACACCCCCCCCAAACUACAUCACAAAUACAUCAUGGUUACAUCAUGAAGGGGGAGGUCUGGUGGCAGUAAUCUGAGCAUCCUGGACCCUGCCCCAUGGUUCUCCUUGCCCUCCACCAAACACCUAUCAAGUGUAACCAAAGAGAUAUUUACAUUUCCCUCUUUCCCAGCCAAGUUAAUCACACCCUGUUGUCUUCAUCUGGGUUUGUUAUUUCUGAAAUGGCUACCUGUCUGGCACUCAGGUAUCAGGAUGCCAGGGCUUAUCACUUAGGCAGAGGGGCUGCUGAGUAGCUGAGCUCACGUGUCUAUAUGAAUUUCUGAAGUUUUCCCAGUGAGCCAGUACAUAAAUACAUUUAUCAGCGAAUUGUUACAUUUGGUAUCGUGCAGCAGAGGCCCUUUGAAUAGAUAGGAAGAAAUUGUGAUGAAGUGUUUUGUGGGGACAAAUCACCAAAGCGAUUGUUCUGAUUUUGGUAGUGGCUGCAUGUGCAUGAUAUCUGCUGGAGGGCAACCCCCCCCCCACACCUAUACAUAAAUUCCUGCAACAACCGUAUUGGGGAAGGGUGAAUUGGGCAAAUUCAAGAACCACAGGGAUCGGCCUUGUUGGUCCAUCCAACUCAGUGCUAGCAGUGACCUUCCUGGAUUUUGGGCAGGGAGCCUCUCCCAGCCCUAGCUGGAAAUUCCAGAAUGAACAUGGGACCUUCUGCAUGCAAAGCAGAAUGGCCUGCCCUGAGCUAUGCUGCUUCUGUCUGUGGCUGCUUACCAUGGAACAUCCAUGCUCAGAGGCCUGUGAAUGCUGGAUAACCGGGGCCAAACAGCAGAAAGCAAUGUUGUUGUCGUUCCCUGCUUGUACCCUGAGUCUACCAGCUCCACCUGGUACGCAGGCUGAGACCCUCCCUGCCCGCAGACUGUCUCGCCAGAGUGGUGCAUGCUCUAGUUAUCUCCCGCUUGGACUACUACAAUGUGCUCUGUGUGGGGCUACCUUUGAAGAUGACCAGGAAACUACAACUAAUCCAGAAUGCGGCAGCUAGACUGGUGACUGGGAAUGGCUGCAGAGACCAUAUAACACCGGUCCUGAGAGAUCUGCAUUGGCUCCCAGUACGUUUCCAAGCACAAUUCAAAGUGUUGGUGCUGACCUUUAAAGCCCUAAACGGCCUCAGUCCGGUAUAUCUGAAGGAGCGUCUCCACCCCCAUUGUUCAGCCCGGACACUGAGAUCCAGCGCUGAGGGCCUUCUGGCGGUUCCCUCAUUGCGAGAAGUGAGGUUACAGGGAACCAGACAGAGGGCCUUCUCAGUAGUGGCACCCGCCCUGUGGAACACCCUCCCUUCAGAUGUGAAGGAAAUACGCAGCUAUCUUAUCUUUCAAAGACAUCUGAAGGCAGCCUGUUUAGGGAAGUUUUUAAUAUUUAGUGCUGUAUUGUUUUUAACACUCGAUUGGGAGCUGCCCAGAGUGUCUGGGGAAACUCAGCCAGAUGGGCGGGGUAUAAAUUAUUAUUAUUAUUAUUAUUAUUAUUAUUAUUAUUAAAUUGUACCUGCCUUGCAGCUGCUGGAAACGGAAUGCUAAAACUAGAUGGGUCUUUGGUCUGAUCUAGCCAUGCUCUUUCUUGGUGUUUAUGCUCCUUCAGCUCAGAACGAGGCCUGCUGUGUGUUUUUAUUUCCUUGAGACGUCCUCCCAGGAGCUCUCGCCCCGGCACUGUUUCCCUUUCUCCGCUCCUUCUGCCUGCAGUGGAAACGCUCUGAAAAAAACGAGACUGGUCACGUCAUACCCGUGAAAUGCGCAAGGAAUUCUUGUAGGUGUGCCAUGGGUAAAAGGACUCUGAGAUCUUGGCACCCGCCUCUCUGAUCCGUUUUGCUCCGUAACUUUUAUAUAAUUGCCCCUCUGUUCUGGUUACGUAAUCAAGAUUGCAUUCAGCACGGAGCAAGCAAGAUAAAAUAAAAAUAAAAUCUGCUUCUCACCCAAGCUCUUGUUGCAACCGUGGGAAGAGAGGUGGCUGGAAUGUCAGGACGCUACUUCGUCCAAACACAUUUUUUUCUGGAAAAUUAAAGCGUGCGGAGGAAGGUUGUGUGCCUUGCUGAUGGGAUCAGCGCUCCUGCAGAGGGACAAGGACUUUUUGUGUGUGUGUUUAUUAUUAUUUUUUAAAGAUACAGAUUCGCAAAAGAAAUAACACGGCAUAGCUGAGAGUGAGUUUGCUGGCUAGCCAGCUCUGCAAAAGUACUAGGAGAGGUUAGAUAAGGUGCAGGCAAAUGCAGAACGGAAUGGUGGGAAACGUAAUCUGGAAUAUCUAAAAGUAGUAAGGGGUUAAAAGGUAAAGGGACCCCUGACCAUUAGGUCCAGUCGUGACCGACUCUGGGGUUGCGGCACUCAUCUCGCUUUAUUGGCCAAGGGAGCCGGCGUACAGCUUCCGGGUCAUGUGGCCAGCAUGACUAAGCCGCUUCUGGCGAACCAGAGCAGCGCACGGAAACGCCGUUGACCUUCCCGCCAUUUAUCUACUUGCACUUUGACAUGCUUUAGAACUACUAGGUUGGCAGGAGCAGGGACCGAGCAACGGGAGCUCACCCUGUCACAGGGAUUCAAACCGCUGACCUUCUGAUCGGCAAGUCCUAGGCUCUGUGGUUUAACCUACAGCGCCGCCCGUGUCCCUAGCAAGGGGUUAGGGUCGCUUAAAAUACGGAUCCGUAACUGAGGCCAAAUUAGCUAUUUGUGCAGCACUGAUUCCCCCUGCCCCAAUUGUGAGAAAAGCAUUGGUCUGGUUUGCACGCCCCAGUAAACCAAACCAUGGUUUACCAGGGCUUGCAGGCUCCUGGAAGAGAAUUAGCUGUUGUUUUGCUUCUCUUUUUUCACUCCCACGCUGCCCUUGGCGUGCGGUCCGAACUUGGGCUUGUGGUUCAGCUAUCUCCUCACCAGUCAUGAGCUGUGCCCAAGUUUGCACAGCAUGCUAAACCUUGGUUUAUCUCCACAAAGUGUGGCAGUCAAAAAGUAUUGGUUAGGAGCAAGCAGCUUGUGAUAUCCUCUCCAGAAGCUAUACGUGUUUGCAUGAUCCUGUUAAGCCCAAGGAUCAGGUCCCUCGAGGCUCCGGAGCUGAAUGCGGGACUCAUCCUUCCCAUAGCCCCAUCUCACACUAGUCCUCUUUCAUGCCCUCCUUUAAUAAAUAAUAAUAAUUUUUUAUUUAUACCCCGCCCUUCCCAGUUCAGAAAACCGGGCUCGGGGCAGCUAACAACAAAUUUAAAACACUUAAUUGAUGCAACAAAAAAAGCAUAAAAUACAGUAUAAAACGUGAAUAACAAUAAAUUCAGAAUUCAAAAAUUCAAAAAAUGCCUUUGCCUAGCUGGAAUCUGCCCUUGAACUCUGACUACAGCUUUUUCUUGCCUGGACCGAUCACAGAGAGGGGUGUGUAUAAGUGCAGAAUGGUUUGCAUAAGUGCAAGAUGGUUUGAGCAUAAUUACACCGAUCUUGGACUGACUGCAUUGGCUGUCAAUUAGUUUCUGGACCCAAUUCAAAGUUCUGGUUUUGGCCCAUAAAGCCUUAAACACUCCACGUGUGCAAUACCUCCAGGACUGCCUCUCCCCAUAUGAACCUACCUGGACCUGAGAUCAACCUCUGAGGCCCUUCUUUGUGUGCCUCCUUCAUGUGAGGUCCAGAGGUUGGCAACAUGAGAACAGGCCUUUUCUGUGGUGGCCCCCCGUUUGUGGAGUGCUCUCCCCAGGGAGACUCACCUGGCACCUUCACUGUAUGUCAUUUAGGUGGCAGGCAAACACUUCCCUCUUCAAACAGGCUUUAGGUUGAUUGACAUCCAAUGCCCUUUUUAAUGUGUUGCGGGAGACCUGCGAGUAUAGCGUGGUAUUCAAAUUUAACAAAUGAUAAAUAAUGAUGGUUUUGUCUUUGUUCUUAUUUUUAUAACACAUUUUGUUGUUUUUUGUGUUGCAAUACUAUGCUGUGAGCCGCCCUGAGAUCUACGAAGGAAGGGCAGUAUACAUAAAAAUAUAAGUGUCUGUAGAAGCCAGCCUACUAUACAAAGCUAAAACUCAAGUUUAUUGCUCUACUCACUAUUUAAUUUAAUUUAUAAUUUUCAGGUUUAUACAUUUCAAUAAUUUUGCAGCCAUUUUAACAUUUCAAAACUUGACUUCCUUCCCCCACCUUCCUCCAUUGCUGUGAAUCCCCUGAAGGUUGCUCAGAAGGGAAUAUAGGUGGUAAAAGGUUUCCCAUCCCUUCCUUUCGCCACAUUUUGGCUUAUGGUGAUGUGCAAACCAGGCUAAUGUGCAGCGGGACACGGCGGGGGAAAUCCUUUAGGCUCAUCACAUCACCUGAUUCUGGCCAGACCGGAAGCUGCAGUACCACCCCCAACCACACUAAGCGCUGUUCGUUUUCGGCUUGCCCUCCAGGCUCCAUGUCUCGGGUGCGAAGGAUGCUUCCAGCUUUGUAGUAUUGGUGCGGCUAAGUUAGGUGUACGUGAAUAAUCAAAAAGCGUUUUCUGCCUCCCCUCUUUUCUUCCCGCCUCUCUCAGGAUUCGUACAGGAAGCAAGUAGUCAUAGAUGGCGAGACCUGCCUCUUGGAUAUUCUAGACACAGCCGGCCAAGAGGAGUACAGUGCGAUGAGGGACCAGUACAUGAGGACGGGCGAAGGCUUUUUAUGCGUAUUUGCUAUAAAUAACACAAAAUCUUUCGAAGAUAUUCAUCAUUAUAGGUAAGCUUCGCUCGGGUUGAGGUUCCCAGCAUCCGCUUGGUUGGGCUUUACAGAUGGCUGCUUGCAAGGUUUCCCUAGACCAGGGGUCAGCAAACUUUUUCAACAGGGGGCUGGUCCACUGUCCCUCAGACCUUGUGGGGUGGGGCGGACUAUAUUUUGAAAAAAUAAUAAUGAGAGAAUUCCUAUGCCCCACAAAUAACCCAGAGAUGCAUUUUAAAUACUAGGACACAUUCUACUCUUGUAAUCUUGGUUUAGGUCAAAUCUGCUUUUAGGGCUUCAACGGUUGAAUUGUGCCCAGAAGCAAUAUGGAAGCAAAAUUCCAGCAAGCAUUUUUAGUUAUUUUCUCUUUCAUUUCAUGGUUGAGCUGGUUUUCAUCUCUGUCGUAUCUUCCCCCUGCCUUAUUGUGCACUGCUUAGAGCUGUGGUGUUAAGCCCUCUAUAUGUUGCUGCAGUAAAUGAAUGUGUAAGACGCUGACAACACCGUGUUUUCAUUGUUCCUUGCCAGGGGUCAGCAAACUGUUUCAGCAGGGGGCCAGUCCACCGUCCCUCAGACCUUGUGGGGGGCCGGACUAUAUUUUGAAAAAAUAAAUGAAUGAAUUCCUAUGCCCCACAAAUAACCCAGAGAUGCAUUUUAAAUAGAAGGACACAUUCUACACAUUCCCGGACCGUCUGUGGGCUGGAUUUAGAAGGCGAUUGGGCCGGAUCCAGCCCCUGGGCCUUAGUUUGCCUACCCAUGCCCUAGAUCUGAAUGCAGGAUCUCUCCUGGGUUGUGGGGACCCGCACAUCCUCUGGGGCCUGUUCAUGUUGCAGAAGGUAUCACCCUUAGCAGGUAGGGCAGAUUAUCUUGCUUCGGGCUGCAGAGAAAUGCCCCCCACCCCACUUUAAAACAAACAAACUGAAACCUCCCUGCAAGUAAAAUCUAGAGUGCUGGACCAGGAGCUUGGGAGACCUGGGUUCAAAUCCUCCCUCAGCCUUGAAGCUCGGUGGGUGACCUUGGGCCAGUCGCUGCCACUCAGCCUAGCCUACCUCACAGGGUUGUAGCGAGUAUAAAAUGGAGAGCUUGUGAUGGACGGGGCAAGCAUGUCCACCACCUUGAGCAUCUUGGGAGAAAAUAAUAAUAAUAAUUAAUACAUUUUUAUUUAUAUCCCGCCCUCCCCAGCCGAAGCCGGGCUCAGGGCGGCUAACAACAAUAAAAUAAUACAACAUUCUAAAAUCAUUUCAUUCUAAAAUUAAUUCAAAUCAAAUUGAUGGCAACCAUUGGGCUAGAGUUCUGUGAAGAUUGCCAAAGGAGGGAGUCAGGCUGUGCCCUGGCCAAAAGCCUGGUGGAACAGCUCUGUCUUGCAGGCCCUGUGGAAAGAUGUCAAGUCCCGCAGGGCCCUAGUCUCUUGUGACAAGAGCGUUCCACCAGAUUGGGGCCAGUACUGAAAAGGCCCCGGCCCUAGUUGAGACCAAUCUAACCACCUUGCGACCUGGGACCUCCAAGAUGUUGGAGGUGGGGGAUAUAAAUGAAAUAAACAAACGUGGAUUUGACGUCUGUUCCGAUUUAAAAUACGUAGAAGUGGUCUCAUUCUGCUUGUUUUACGCUCCGGAGUCCCUCAACUUCCCAAGCCUUUCUUGUGCAUUACGCAGAACGAGGUGAGCGUGUGAGAGCACGAUGCCCUCUACCUGAAAUGUUCCAGUGCAGAAUCUCUGCAGGGUCUCCCACAUAAGGAAGGAUCUCCCCGCAAGUAGUAAAGAAGCGCACCAGCGACAGAGUGAUGCAUACUGCUGCAUUAGCUUCGUACAUGCAGGAAAAACCUGGAGAGAGACUGCCAGUCAGUCCAAACAGUACUGAGCUGUAUGGACCCAGAGGUCUGGCUCUGUGUAAGGAAGUGUGUGUGUGGGGGGGGGUGGGUGUGGGUGGGUGUGUGUUUCUUUUGAUUUAUUUCUUCCUUGUUCUGCAUAAUAUGUACAUUGGCUCUAAGCAAAUGCUCUCUGGUCCACCCCCCCCUUCAGCCGCCUUAAAUGCAUGCUAAUUAGGAGGGUGUUGACUAGAAAUGGGGCUCUGUUGCGAUUUGCGUCAAACGAAAGCCCAUAAAGACUUGCCAUGUGAUUGCAGCAAACGCCCUCUUUAAAACUGCUCAGUUUGAAAGCAGCCUUUUUUGGAGUUAUUUUUAAUCCUGGCUGCAGAACCCACUGAUUUCAGGAUCUGUGUGGCGCUGUGAGAAGCCACACGGAGUGAUCGUGAGAAGGCAGCUGUGGUUGUGUAACUCGCCCCCUCCCCCAGGUCGCCAUCCAGGUGCUCAGUUCUCCCCUGGGUCAGUCGCAGUCUCUCGGCGGAGCCCGCGCGGGGGUGGGGGUGGGGGUGGGGGAGAGCCAUGCUCUCUUGCCUUGGACGCUUUGCAAGAAGGGCGGCCUGUAAACGUGACGAUAGAUGAACAAAUACAUUGUCAACAACCGCCUAGAGAUUUUAUUACGAUCAAGCGUUGCGAAAUGAAAGUUUGGGCCACAAGUCCACAUGCGUCGGGCUUGUGACGUGGCCUCCCCACAGGAACAAGAGAGAGCCCUUCCCAAUUUGUGUGCUUUGCUCUCCACACAUGUUGUAAGACUGGCAUUGCUCCCUGAGCUUUGAAUUGCACAUGCCGGACGUUUUCGGCAUGCGCAAAACAUGUUCUCCGCCGCUGAGGCGCGUCGCACCACUGCGUGCCUUCUCUUCUUGCUUCCUGAGCCCUUAACAUCUUAAGCCCUUUUAAAAUGUGGGGGUUUGGGGUGUGUGUGUGGGGGGUGUUUAUUGGGUGGUUGUUGUUCUUAUUUUUAUUAUGUACAUUGUGGUUUUAUAUUUUUAUUUUAUCUUUAUUUGAAGUAUAGAAAUUCAAUAAAUAAAUAAUAAUUACACUAAACGACCCUCGGGGUCCCUUCCAACUCUACGAUACUACAAUCUCUGCUCGAUCACCAAGUUCUGUUGGGCGAAUGCUGUUUACUGCCCCCUGUGUAAAUAAGGCUGCUUGGUAGCUAUGAGAAAUAUAGCGUUUAGUGUGGACAGUCCAGCAACGUGGAACGUCCUGCCGAUGGAAACCCACGAAGCAUCCUUCUAUAUUUUUUGGUAUCUUUUGAAGCCUGCUUUCAGACGACAGGCCUUUGUACUUGGAUGAAUGUUAUGACCAGGGAGUUACUUCUGGCAUUUUCUGCACUUAAAUAUUUUCUCGUGUAAACUUGACAUUUUAUAUUUGCUGUGUGUAACCCUUUGUGGAUGAUUUUGUAUGUGAGUUAGCAGUGUAAAAAUAAAAUAAAAUAAAUCAGUGAGCCCUGGAGAUGGGCUGAAUGCAGAUGAAAACCUUGGUAGUAAACAAAACAGAUGAUUUAAAUAACUUGCUUCUUUUUCUUUUUAAAACCUCUUCCUUCAAAGACGUAACCGUGGCAAUUCCACAAAUAUUACUUUGCUCUAAAGUGGUCUCUCGCUCUUCUCUUAUUCCCCCACCCCGCCCCUCCACAGGGAACAAAUAAAAAGAGUCAAAGAUUCUGAAGAUGUCCCCAUGGUGCUAGUAGGAAACAAAUGCGACUUGCCUUCGAGAACCGUAGACACAAAACAAGCUCAGGACUUAGCUAGAAGUUAUGGAAUUCCUUUCAUCGAAACCUCUGCGAAAACGAGACAGGUAACAUUGUGUGUGUGUGUUGUCUUGUGUGUAAGAACAACCGUCUCCUGUUGAGGUUUAGAACAGAGUUUUCUGUUCGAAUAAAGAGUAGGAUUCCUAGUACCUGUGAAUCCAUGUUCUUGAGAGAUCCUGCAUCUCUCUCUCUCAAUAUGGUCUCUCCCCAAGAUAGCUGAGAUUCAAGAAAGCAGGCAGAGUCACGUUCCAUUUUAUUUGACUCUCGAGAGGCAGUUUGUAUAUCUGAGGUCCCACCUGCAGCCUACGCUUAAAGCAGUAUCGCACCACUUUAGCCAGAUUCCCCCAGAGAAUCCUGGGAAACUGUAGUUUUUUUCUGGUGCAAGGAACUGUAGCUCUGUGACGUGAAAACUACAGUUCCCAAGAGUCUCUGGGGGAAUCCAUGACUGGCUAAAGUGGUAUGCUGCUGCUUCAAAAUUAAAAUUUCAAAAUCUCUGUGUGUGUUGUAUGUGGCUUCCACUUUAAAAAAAUAAAGAAAGAAAAAACCAUCCUGAAUGUUACCCAGGAUGGUAGUGGUGAACCUUGCACAGAUUCCUUAUGGGAGAUAGACGUGUGUCUGGAUUUUACCACCUCAGACACACAUCACCUGAAUCCCGAGGCCAAGAAGAGAAUCCAGGGCAAGAAUCCAUAUACAAGCAUGCAGUUCGACUUCUCGAAGCAUAAAUCCUUCUUUUACUGCACUAAAUAAGCCCCAGAGCAGCACUUGCCUGGUAGCCUUGUCUUCAAAUUCGGAAAGGCAUUGGGUUCAGAGGUCUGACUCUGCAACCCUUGCGAUCCCUUUAAGAUGCUGAAUUAAUUUGUCUGGCGUGAAUUCGUAGGAACAUCUGGUGCAUUCUAAGUGGCAGGAUGUUGCAGCUGAAGCCUUGUCUGAGUUAUUUUUAGUCAUUUUCAUAACGGCAAGAGUUAUCUGAACGUUUCUCUCCAGCUGCGCAGACAGUGGAUUGUCGGGGGACAGUAAGUGCCCCGAUUAACAGUUUCCCUGAACACGCAUAAGAACAUGCUGAGUAAUACUGGAAUUGCAAACUGCCUGUGUGGGAUCUCUUAAUGUUCAUAAGGUAUCGAAGGUAAAAAUCGAAAUAAGGACUAGAGAAUAGUAGCAAACGCUGCUUUGCGUCCAUUUUUAAAUGGUUUUCACAUCCUCUCAACUCAGUAAUUGCCUGUCCUUAAUGCAGAAAUCCCUUUCCCCCUGUAUUCCUUUUCACCGAAAAUAAAUGUUCAGAAAUCCGCUGUAUGUUUGGAAUGUGUCCAAGGCUGUGUGUACACACUGCACAAAAUGCAAAAUUCGCCCUGCAAGUACAGAACUGGAAGCGCGAGAACAGGCAGCAUCUAGGCCUCAUGGUUUUUUAGGAAACGGCUUGAAAAGGAAACCCACGGGCUGUGUUUUUACUGAAUGGAACAGGGGCUUCUAUGACUCACGCAGCUGCAUGCUCGUGAUCCAGAGAAGAACCUGGCUGGAUUUCUUCACAUAGCAAGUCCCUCCUUCCCUCUGCAUCCACUUGGUUCCAGCUUGGCAUGCAGUGUGUCACUUUAGAUGCUGCUGCUUGCGAGAGAAAACACCUGUAAAAAGCAGGGGAGGGAGGAGAGGAGGAUAGCAGUAUCUGCUCUGACUUCUGCCAGAUGUGUGCAGACAAUUCUCCUGCCUCCCAAGUGUUAUCCUCCUUCCUUUAGUGGGGAAAGAUGAAGGAUGUUGCCGUGGGAUGGUUGAGGGCAUCUUCCCUUUGCCCAGGAGCCCCACUUGCACAGGAGAACGCACGAGGCUCCAGCUCAGGAAGCCCCUUCUAUACUUCUUGCCUUCUCCUCUUAGCAUCAAAUAAUUGCAGAAUCGGAAGAGACCCAAAGGGACAUCUUUGGGUUGCCUUCUUUCCCCUGGGCUUUGGUAAAUAAAACUCAUACCUGAGUAUACUUUUGAAAGCAAAUUAUAGUGCUAUGGGUGUGCACAUGACUGCCUGCAGAAAAACGAGAGCACAGGUCACUGCCUCAAGGAGCUUACAAUCUAAAAUUUGACCUGUGCACCUCCUUCCUUUGCGCGCAUAGCUUUUGAGUCCUGUUGGCAGUGCAGAAUACAGCCCUGGAUAUAUUUCGUAUGGCUAUGGUUACCUAGCCUGUGUGCAUCAUCUGGUUUUUUUUUCCCCCUAAUCGUUGCGAAGUUGCUGGGCUUAAAUCUCUGCUUGCUUUUUUUUUUUAAAAAAAAAAGUUCCGUUGAUUUUGCUCAGCAUUACAAUCCACUUGCUUUGCUCUUCUAAGAGCCUGUGAUUUCCACUUCACCCUUGAUUCAUUUCCUUCAGGCCUUUUUAAAGAGCUGCAUCAAUGUAUUAUACCCCAAAUCAUAGUUGGUUGACCCGGUUCUAAAUAGGUGAAGUUGCUUUUGCUGUUUGGGACUAAACAUAUUUACCUGGCAUCCUUGGAUACCUUCCAUGGCCCUGAUGGGCACUCGCCAACACUGAAGCCUGCCUUGUGCCCACCCUCUCCUUCUGUGGUCGGCAGGGGGCAACUACGAGCCACCACAAAGUUUUCCGCAGUGGUCCUAAGAUCACAUCCCCAGCGUCCAUUUCAAGCACACUGUGUUCCACAAAGAAUCCUGGGAACUGUGGUUUGUAAUGUGUGCAGGGGAUUGUAACCCUGUGAGGGGCAGACUAUAGUUCGCCAGAUGCUUUGGAGCAAGCCAUGACUGCUAGAAUGGUAUAAAAUUUCUUUAAAUGUGUGGCGUGAAUUAUUCUGCUCUGAUGAUAACAACAACAAUAAUAACAACAACUUUUAUUUAUACCCCGCCCUCCCCAGCCAAGACCGGGCUCAGGGCAGCUAACGCCAAAUAUAAAACAAUUGAUUGAAAUACAGCUUAAAACAAAGAUUAAAAUACAACAUUAAAUCGUUAAAAUUAAAAUGCAGCCUCAUUUCAAUGGAAACUCAAUCAAAAACUUUUUUGGGGAUAAAAAUGUCAAGUCUUCACCAAGGCUAACUAUCCAGACUGGUCCUACAUGGGCCAGAAAAAGACAGGGAAGUCCCCAAAUAGGAGUUCCAGCACAUAUGGCUCAGGACCUAUGCUAUAAACUAGUUUCUGUACCCAUUGAAAGGUAUUUUAUCCCAUCCCGAAUGUGUGGUACACUUAGUGGUAAGGGGCAGGCUAAUAACUGGGUUGGAGUAAAAACCCAAGGAACCUAGUAUCCCCAUCUCCAGUGGUGCUUUCCAAAAAAUCUAGCCAUUUACCCAUCAUCUCUCCCACUUUCUAGCAUUUAGAAAUACUCUCAAGAGGACGUAUCACAUGCUGAGAAUGCUGCCAUAAGCACACUGAUAACACUAUUCCUGAAUUUUUCCAAUCUGUUCUAAAAAAACAAACUAGCCAUUUCAGUUACAUGGCUGGCUAUAACAAACGUCUCUUCUUCUUUGGCGAUCACUCGUAGCCGAGUAAGAUUGUCUUCCAUAAACAUGGUUCUAACAAUGUGUCCAUAGGUGACUGUGGAGGCCAGUUCUGGAUCCACACGUCCUUCCACAGUGGGGACAUAGUUUUCCGGGCAGGAGUUGAUCAUGCUGAGGGUCUGCCAAGUGUGCCUUCCUCUUAGCACGUUUCUCCUUUCGUCCUGAGUUCAAGCGUCUUCAAAGUCCAUGACACCUUUGGUAACGGCUGUUCUCCAAUUGGAGCGCUUGCAGGCCAGUGUUCCCCAGUUGUCAGUGUUUAUACCACAAUUUUUUAGGUUUGCCUUGAGAGAGUCUUUAAACCUCUUUUGUUGACCCACCAGCAUUACGCUUUCCAUUUUUAAGUUCGGAAUAGAGUAGUUGCUUUGAAAGAUGACAAUCAGGCAUCCGCACAUGACUAGUCAAAUGACUGUAACUAUAACAAAUGUCUAAUGUGCUCUGACACACAUAACAGGCUCCCCCUGCCAGCUUUUCUGUAGCUAAGCAAUAAAGUGCAGGCCGUGAGGUUCUGCACCCCCUCUAGCCCCAUACUUUUGGGGCAUAAAUCCCCUAACUUUUAACUGCAUCUGGGGGUUCCAUUAGAAACAGUAAUUCAUUGUGAGUUCUGGGAGUUGUGGCUCUGUGACAGGCAGUUCCCAGAAUUCUUUGGGUGAAACAGUUUGCUUUAAAUGUAUGGUUAUGUAUGCAGCUGGGAUGAGCUUCACUGUGUGGUUCCCCCUCGUGUGGAGAGAAUGGGAAAUUACGGUGACAAUUUCUUUUUUUCUUCCUUUGAAAACUAGUCUUCGUUUGAGGGAUCUGGUAGAUUUUUUGUUUGUGGGGUGGGUGGGAAUAUAGUUUUCCAGUAGAGCAGAGAUGGGUAACGUCACCCUGAGCUAUGGCUCCUUAUUUACCCUUUCUUCAGUAGCAUGGUUGCUUUUUUAAAAAAUUGUGGCUUACUGCUCUUUGCGUGUGCUGAGGAGGGAUUUGAUGUAAGAGAGAAAGGCAUGGGAAAGGUGUUUUUUGGGGGGUGGCAAGAGAGAAAGGGACAGGACACUCAAGGGAUCAGGACACUUUUGGGUGGCUGAGGGUGAUGGAGCUGGAGGAGUAAAAAGCCACAAACACAAAAUAUCUGGCUGUGGGAGCAGAUCGAGAAGGGAAAAAUAUGGCUGCAGAAUGAGGCCACAGGAAGCUGCGAAGAGGAGUUUGUGCUGGAUCUGGGACUGCAGGGGCAUGGCUGUAGGAAAGAUGGAGGAGCGAUAUAGCUCAGAGAAUCUGUUAGAACAUGCAGGCAGUCCCAGGCAGUGUUAGAUAUACAGUGGUAGCUCGGGUUACAUACGCUUCAGGUUACAUACGCUUCAGGUUACAGACCCCGCCAACCCAGAAAUAGUGCUUCAGGUUAAGAACUUUGCUUCAGGAUAAGAACAGAAAUUGUGCUCCGGCGGCGCGGCAGCAGCAGGAGGCCCCAUUAGCUAAGGUGGUGCUUCAGGUUAAGAACAGUUUCAGGUUAAGAAUGGACCUCCGGAACGAAUUAAGUACUUAACCGGAGGUACCACUGUAUAAGCUAGGCACCAAAUGGCUCUUUAAAUCAAGGUUGCAGUUGCCAAAACGGAAUGUCUAGUCGCCAUUUUUGGACAAGACUGCUCUAAAAUCUUAUUUUUCAUAUGAUGGGCUGACUGUGAUUGAUUCUCAGUUAAAGAUCUGGCUAGUUCAGAUGACCACCUUCAGCUCGGUUAAGAACUCUGAGCACUUACUAUUUUUCUUAAUGGUGACACACGGACUGUUCAUAAUGUAAGAAUAUUCUUCACAACUGUGAGCAGGGCAGUGGGGUGGGGUAAGUGAAGACAAGCUACAGCAAAGCGUUUGGGUUCCUGAAAUCCAUCCCGAUUGUGCAGAUAAAAUAUAACCGAUAGAAUUCUACAGGAUGGGGUAUUAGUGUGUGAAAAGAGCCCAGAUCCUAGGAUCCCCAGGCGUGAACCUCCAGGUGGAGGAGAUGUCAGGUGCCAUCUUGGUGCCCUGGCAUUUCACUUGGUCGCAAGUGGCCGGUAGCCAGGUGCAAAAUGCGCCUGGCACCUGGCUAAUUUUGAUCACUGGUCCCAGGUUCAAUCCCCAGCAUCUCCAGGUAGGACUGGGAGAGACCUCUGUCUGAAACCCUGGAGAGCAGCUGCCAGUCAGUGCAGACAACACUGAGAGCUCAAUAGACCUGAUUCAGCAUGAAGCGUUUUCCUCUGUUCCAGUGGCAAAUGCUGCAGCCUUUUUCUUUGGACUCAAGCUCUGAUCAACUCCUACCAGCACAGCUAGUCCUGUCAAUGGUGACGGGAGUUGCAGAGCAGCAGCAGCAGCAGCAUCCUGAGGGCCACCGAUGAGCAAACCCAGCUGUUCUAGAGGAAGCCCCUUCCUCUUGUGGUACCCCCUUUCUAGUCUCCAUAAAGUUGUCGGGAAGCACAUGCAUGCCUUUGUGUAUGUGUUUCCGUGUGAAAAACCUCUCCUAUGUUGCAAUGCUCGCCUGUAGCAAAACUGCCACUUCCGUGUUUCCUGUGGGAGACAGGCAAAGUUUCAACAACUUAGUCAAAUGCUUCCCCUGUGUGGCUGGCUCUUUAAAAACCCUUUUCCCCAAGCCCUGCUUCUUCUUUUUGUGGUGAAAUGCUUUGCCCAGAAUGGGCUCCUCUCUAGUCAAUCUUUUGCCUUCUUUGGUGUUGAUCUCUUUCUCCAUCUUGUCUGCAUUGCUGAAACAAAAUCGCAACUCCUGCUCUCGGUGAUCGGGAUGGAGGCGGUGGGCCCAAUUGCCUUGAAAUGGUUCCUGAGGGACCUCCAUUGAAAUGAGCUGGGCGGGGGGUGGAUACACAGUCAGUGGAAGUUGUUGUCCACCGUCCCCGCAUUCUCCCGCCCCAGGGGUUUUGGGGAGGAGACCUUCCCAGGUAUUGGGCCCUUUCGGGAAGUGAAUGAAAUAGCAUCUCGAAUAAUUGUGGCAAUCAAAACACUUGGAUCGGAUGGGUGCGCUUGUACUUAUGGAAAAUUUCCUGUGCUUUUCUUCUUCUUUCUCUUAUUGCAAGAUGGGGAUGUGACUGUUUAGCUCAGAACCUCGCAGAUGGUUUUCUGGGGAGCCUCAGUUGUUCCUCGCUGUUUGGUGCAGCAGACAAACAUUCUUGAUACUGAUCUUUCCCUCUGCAAUGCGCAGCCAUAGGGCAGUGCUGAAUUCAUUCCUGGGUGCACACACUGCAUUCAAAACAUUGCCAGGGUGAGGCCUAACAAGCCUGGCCAGUGUCUUGGAUUAACUGUUUGUGAUUGCCCUUAUUUGACUUAAUUUGGCCCACCAACCCCUUCCAUCCAAACGACUCGCGAGUGCAGCUUAAGCAAACUUCCAGUCAUGCGAUGUCAUUUGUCAUAGGUUCAUCUUUAAAGGCAGUAUGUAUUUCCCUUACAUUUUAUGCACCUCAAUCUCCCUACAAGGGAAUCGAAUGGGAAAACAGCAUUACAAACAGUGUAAAAUGUAUGUGGAAAAUAUGUAGUGUUUCUUUCCCCCCUUUUGGCCUCGCCUAUCACCAGGUUUUUUGUCUCCAGAAGGCUGGUGAAGUUUGAAUCUAGCCGUCGGGCUCAAAGUGGUUCUUCAAACCCCUGCCCCAGAAUCUUUGGCAAAGGACUCCGGUUCCUUGGCAGAUGACGUCACAUUGAAAGGGUUUCCUGAAGGGAAGAAAUUUUAAAAAUCCAGCUCCUAAUGUGCUUUUGAGAAUGGAGGCUCUGUUGCCAUUUCCCCCAAAUGCUGGACACAAGCGAAGCUCUAAAUCUUAGGAAAUCGAGUGUGUUAUCAUCUAAACAGGUGUGAACGUGACGAAUAAAGGGUCUGUUAGGGGUGACUAACCUGUGACAUUGUUGGGAGUCCCAUCAUCCUUGACCAUUGGCCAGAUUUGCUGAGGUUGCUGGGAGUUGAAGACCAUCAACAUCUGGAAGGCCACAGGGUAGCCACCCUUAGUCUAGAUCAGGGUUUCCCAAACUUGGGUCUCCAGCUGGUUUUGGACUACAACUCCCAUCAUCCCUAGCAAGUCAGGGAUGAUGGGAGUUGUAGUCCCAAAACAGCUGGAGACCCAAGUUUGGGAAACCCUGAUCUAGACCCUUAAGGACUGGUAUAUUUUUAUAUCAACAGUAAUGAAUAUGGAAUUGUACCUAAAGCAUUUUCCCCACAUGCAGCUAGGUAUCUUGCCCCCAGCUCCCACGCUGCUUUUCUUAGGAGUUUAGCUGCUAAUUUCCAGUUUUCCUCUGACGACUGGGCCCCCACCCUCUUCAUCCCGGUUAACCAAAGCUGGCUUUAAAGGAGUUGUGUUUUACAAUGCAGAGAGUGGAGGAUGCAUUUUAUACAUUGGUGCGAGAGAUCCGCCAGUACAGAUUGAGAAAAAUCAGCACAGAAGAAAAGACUCCUGGGUGCGUGAAAAUUAAAAAAUGCCUUUUAAUGUGACAGGGUAAGUUUUGUUCUUGUUUAAAAGGAAAAAAAAAAAGUUCGGCGGGGGAAAAAAAUCUGAUCACCAAUACGAAUCAAAUCUAACUUGCAAACUUCUCUUUGGUGAUUCCAGUAAUUUCAAAAUGAUUGUAAGUAUCAGCCAAUCUGUUUUACUGUCGCCACUCUCCUUUAAGAAUAUAACGGUUUUUCUCUGUGGUUUCAGCUGUGGAUGAACUUGUACGGUGCACUGAGAAUGUGCCUUUCUCUUUUGGAAACCCCUUUCUGGUGGGCCAGGAAAUUUAGAAACAGACUUUGUUUGGAGCCAAUUCACAGAAGGCUUCAAACUCCUUGCCCCUUGAAUUUUCAACACUUGAUUUUGCUCUCAGCCAUAUCGGGGUGAGCAGCCUCCAUGCCUUCUAUUUCUGCGUGGCCCCAAAGGCCCUUCUCUCAUUCUCUUCCCUUAGCAGAACGGAACAAGCCGAGCCGUACGCAGUUGCCUCGGUUAACGGCUGCUUUCUUUAGAAUUGUGGGCCAAAGCCCACGCGCCUGCCGUGAUUCUGGCAAAGGUCAACUUAUACGAUCCAGGGUUCAAAGAACAAACCGCUCAACUUUUGACUUCUGUCCCUCGAAAACAGAUAACACAUGCUUACCCGCUCAGACUUAGGAAUAUUCGCUGAUUAGUUCUGCUAACGAAUCCAGCGCACUUACGCAUGCAGUGUUCUCCCGGGAGGUUGUGCCCCUCUCCUGAACACAGUAGAAGGGGAUUUCAACUAGCCUUGCUUCACACCUUGAGUGGUUUUGCCUGGUGGGAUGUAUCCUUAAUCUCCGAUGAUGAGCUCUUGUUUACUAGGAGGUGUGUGUGUAGAAACUAGUGUAAGGUAAAGGUAAAGGGACCCCUGACCAUUAGGUCCAGUUGUGGCCGACUCUGGGGUUGCGGCGCUCAUCUCGCGUUAUUGGCCGAGGGAGCCGGCGUACAGCUUCCGGGUCAUGUGGCCAGCAUGACUAAGCCGCUUCUGGCGAACCAGAGCAGCGCACGGAAACGCCAUUUACCUUCCCGCCGGAGCGGUACCUAUUUAUCUACUUGCAUAUUGACGUGCUUUCGAACUGCUAGGUUGGCAGGAGCAGGGACCGAGCAAUGGGAGCUCACCCCUUGGCGGGGAUUCGAACCGCCGACCUUCUGAUCGGCAAGUUCUAGGGUCUGUGGUUUAACCCACAGCGCCACCCGCGUCCUAAGAAACUAGUGUACAAAGGGGAAAUUGACAUUUCUUGCUGUGCCCACUUCUGCCUAUGGUCUCUCCCGCCACGGGUGUGUGCCCCGCCCCCAAACGUUGCUCAGAAGGUAAACUUUCAUAGGGUCUCGCUCCAUGAACUGCUAAUAAGAUGCAAGGAAGACAGGCGUGGUCUUUGUGAUAUGUUGAAUGGGGCAUUAUUACCUGGAAAGGUGAGCUCUUCUUUUUCUUUGGCGAUCACUCGUAGCCGAGUAAGAUUGUCUUCCAUAAACACGGUUUUAACAAUGAGUCCUGAAGUGACUGUGGAGGCCAGUUCUGGAUCCACACAUCCUUCCACAGUUGGGACACUGGAAAAGUGAGCAUUGACAACCUCACUCAGGAAGGCAGCGGGACCCCACUUUGCGUUCUGGACCGCUGGUCAACCAUGAACAUACUGUCAACUUUUCCCUUUUCUUGCGAGGAAUCCUCUUCAGAAUAAGGGAAUUUCCCUUUAAAAAAGGAAACGUUGACAGCUAUGACACUGAAACUGAAGACUGUGACAAACGAGGACUUUGGGGACGGUCCAAUAUAACAGAGCUGCCAUCAGAUGGUAUAACUAGGUUGGCUCAAGUUAGCCAAUCUCCUGAGAUGAGAUGGUUAAUAUAGAACUGUUUAUGAGGAAGAAGACGUAUACGAAACCAAACUUGAUGUAAGCAUGUUCCCGUUCUCUGAUGCAAACAGAGCGGGAUACUUCAUUGGGUGAUGGUUUCUGAUUGGCUAGCCUGAGAGCAGAUUUGAUGUGACGGUGAAAAAGUGUUUCCUGCCCUUAAAUGAUGCCCUGUUGAAGCAUCAGAAAUGUAACAUGUGAGGAACAGGAUGAGCUUCCUUACAUGAGAUGAUGUCAUGGGAAUGAUAGAGAGGUCUUGCUGGCAUAAUCAGUUUGACAUGUCAGCAGAAUGAAUGGACUGAUGAGACUUAAAUUGAGGUAUGUUUCCCUUUUCAAAGAAAAACUUUAGUCUUCCUUUGUGUGCUUGCUUCUUCCAUUGGUGUUAUUUUUAACAUGUUCUCUGUCUUGCAGACAUGUUCUUGGUCUUGCUUGCUUUGUACUUAUGACUUUUGGAUGAAUAGAAUAAUAAUAAUAAUAAUGUGGGUGCAAUGGGACUAGUAGGAUUUCUCUGGGUAUAAAAGACCCAAUUUCACUGUCAAAAAUUAGUACUUCGGGUCAUUUCCAGCUGUACAACUUUCUUUUUAGUUCAAAUACAGACCUCCCGUAAUGUUUCCAACAGCAGUGAAUUGCUGCUUUGAUUACAGUAUUUGUUUCAGUAUUUUUUUUAAAAAAGUGAUUUUUGCCUCUAAAAGACCUGAGACCAGUGUUUUGCCAGUGAUUUUGCCUUGUGGAUAUUUGAACUGCCUGCAGUAUGAUCUCUGCACACACCAGUAGACUACAUUUACGGACGCAAUGGUCUCCCGCCAUCUUGGAUUAAACAAUCCAGUACAGUGGCACCCAUCUUUGAUAGUACGAUAAUAUACACCCAGUGGUAAUGUUUUGCUUCAAAUAUUACUUCAGUUGAGAGCAUCAGGUACCUAGGAAAAGAGAGGGGAAACCUGAUGUAAAAUACACAGACAAGACAAAACUCUUGAGAUGAAACUGUUUUGUUUUCUUUCUAUUUAUUUUAUUUACAAAAAUAGUUUUAGGCUGUCAAUUCAUACCAACUAUCUAUGUGGUGUACAACAAUAUAUACAAAUAGCAGGGCACAUAAAAUACUAUAAGAAAAAUACAAAAUAAUGAUUUUGUUAGACAGAACUGGGAAAACAAUACUCUUAAAUGCAUAUUACGCACAUUUUGUCCCAGCUACGUAGCAGUUUGUGUGAGUGAUGUUCUCACUUAUUAUUUAGAUACUUCAUAAGGUAAAGGUAAAGGGGCCCCUGAUCAUUAGGUCCAGUCAUGACCGACUCUGGGGUUGCGGCGCUCAUCUUGCUUUAUUGGCCAAGGGAGCCUGUGUACAGCUUCCAGGUCAUGUGGCCAGCAUGACUAAGCCGCUUCUGGCGAACCAGAGCAGCGCACGGAAACGCCAUUUACCUUCUCGCCGGAGCGGUACCUAUUUAUCUACUUGCACUUUGACGUGCUUUUGAACUGCCAGGUUGACAGGAGCUGGGACGGAGCAACAGGAGCUCACCCCUUGGCGGGGAUUCGAACCGCCGACCUUCUGAUCGGCAAGUCCUAGGCUCUGUGGUUUAACCCACAGCGCCACCCGCAUCCCUGGAUACAUCAUAGAACUCUUUUAAUUAUUUUGUCCCAAAUUAGGUAGAAAAUAUGGACAGCAAGAGACACAGAUCCUUAAAAGUUGCAAAAAUUGGAAAACAUGCUUCAAACUUCUUAGUUCUGAGUGAGAAGGGAUAUAUUGGCUAAUUGAAUCCUCAAAGAGGAGCAAGUCCUUUGAGCAAGAACCACACCUAGGCCACUAUCUGUAAUAGCUCUUCAGAAAACAUGAAAAAAGUGCACAACUACCAACGAUUGUUCAAUUUCUCAUGACUAUUAAAAAGAUGACUGCCUUAUUGAAAUUGCUCAUAGCAUUUUCAUUAGCUAAACGAAACCCCGUGCAAUUCAAGUGAAAAGGCGUCAUUUGGUAUUAAAAGGUCUGACAUUUCUUUGCAGGGCGUUGACGAUGCCUUCUACACAUUAGUCCGGGAAAUCCGAAAACACAAAGAGAAGAUGAGCAAAGACGGCAAAAAGAAGAAAAAGAAGUCAAAGACAAAGUGUAUAAUUAUGUAAAUGCAACUUAACCCUUCGUCCUUAAGGUGUACGUCGGUAAACGUGAUUCAUUUUUGUACCAUUACACUAAAUUAUUAGCACACAUGUUUCUAGCAUUACUUUAAAACACACACCUUCCCUCUCUCCCUGCUUUGUGGACCCAUCGGAUGCCUUUUCUGGAUGCUUGCUUUUACGUGACAGUGGAAAGUAUUCCUAAAGUGCCAGUAUUCCUGGAGUUUCGGUUCUUGAACCUAGCAAUGCCUGUGAUCAAUCAAGAACAACAGAGAACAUUUUAUUUGGUGGCAUUUGGGUGCAUGCGAAACUUGCUAAUGUCUUCUGAUUCCCCCACCUACUCCUCCUUUCUUUUCUUAGGAAGUUGUGACUGGCUGCUGCUGCUGUUGUUUUUGCAGGAACUGCCUUACUGGUAGAACUGCCUCUGCUUGGGGCAAUUGUUUCCCGGGGUUGGGGUGGGAGUCCCUUCAUCCAAGAGCAGGAGAGGUGAAUGAGAAGACGUGAUACUUAUGGUGGCACUCCCUUCCCUGUUAUAUCCCAUGGAUCUCCUCCUUCGACAUAGGUUGGAGGAGAAGGAGGAACAGGUAUCUCAUUUGAAUUGCCGUAUUUUUUGCUCUAUAAGACGCACCAGACCACAAGACGCACCUAGUUUUUGGAGGAGGAAAACAAGAAAAAAAA